GUCAGCAACGCCAGGUCUGCCGCUGGCGGCAGGAGCGCCAGGAUCGGAGGCGCCCGGAAGAAGGAGCGGGAGAAGAACGAGCGGGAGUGCAGCGGCUGCGGCACCUGCACGACGGACACGAAGUCCAGGUUCUGCACCACGUGCGGCCAGGAGCUCGAGAUGCCGAGGGUGUGCUCGGGGUGUGAGGAGGUGCUCUUGCCGGGAGACACGUUCUGCGCAAGGUGUGGCUGCAAGAGCGGGCCGCAACGUGGCGGGACUGUAUCUGCGUUCGAGGUGCACGCGCCCUGGAAGCUCUCCCCGCUGGAAAGCAAGAGCCUGCUCCGGGCUGGAUCUCGACACAGUCUCAGAUCCCUGUCCACGGAGAAUUUGCUGCAAGAGGGCCAGGGGACUUCGAGGAUCACUUUGAAUCCAUCUGGCAUGCAAAUGGCGAAGACGGAGAUGAACAAGAUGAUUCUACACCCGAGCAGUGGCCCACGCCUUAUCUGGGACAUGCUCACGAUGAUCUUCGUCUCCUACGACGUCAUCGUGCUCCCCCUGGCGUUCCUGGAAAUGGAGACGCCGCCCGCGAUGGACGGGAUGAGCUGGCUUCUGCGCGUGUUUUGGUCGGUCGACCUUAUCUGUGCAUUCUUCACUGGCUACCACGACCGUGACGGGAAGCUUCAGAUGUCCGUCGUUAAAGUGGGCAAGCAUUAUUUGCGGACGUGGUUCUGCAUGGACUUGGGGCUGGUUCUCAUCGACUGGCUCACAGUGCUGCUGAAGACGCAGGCCAAGGCGGCCUCCAUCGCCCGGCUCGGCAAGACCGUGCGGGCCGCGCGCAUGCUCCGCAUGGCGCGGGCCCUGCGCUUGACGCGGGUGAUCGCGGAGGUGUCACCCUCGGUGGAGUACUAUCUCCGCUCCGAGAUGUCAGUGGUCGUGCUCGGCGUCACCCGCGUCAUGCUGGUAAUGGCGCUCAUCAGCCACUUCUUGGCCUGCUCCUGGUACGGGCUUGGCGCAAGCGGGGGCCCGGAGGCCGUGACCUGGCUGAAGGUGGGGGAUUACGACCAGCUGGACGUGGGCUCUGGCUACGCGAUUGCAUUGCAUUGGUCGCUGACGCAGUUCAUCGGCAGCAUGGAGGUAAACCCUGUCAGCACAGGUGAGCGGAUGUUCAACGUGGGCGUGCUCAUGUUCGCAUUCUUGGCUUUGUGCGUGUUGCCUGCAAAGAUCACGUCACUGAUGACGCAGUUCCAGAUUACAGCCGCCGAGCGGUCGCAGGCCCUAUCGCAGCUCUCGCAGUUCCUCUACGAUCAGCGCGUAUCUCGCUACCUCACCCUGCGACUGGUACGGGCGGCCAACAGCGCGAUGCUGGUGCAGAGUCGGAAGACGCCCGAGGACAAGAUCGUCCUGUUAGGCCUGAUCUCGGAUACGUUGAAGAUGGAGCUGCACUACGAGAUGCGCCCCGCCCGCACUGCCGCCAGCCGCCCCGUUGCACUGCUCGAGAAGCAGCUCGACAGGUGCGGGCCCGAGCACCUGUGCCCGCAGUGCCCGACGUGCCCGCAGUGUCCAGGGCCUCCCCCUUGCCUGCCGCUCUGGCCUGCUGGGCUGGGCGGCUUCGUGGCGGGCGUCGCCACCACCGCGCUCGCGGCGCUGUUCGCUGGGCGCUGCAGGGGCCGCCGCGAGGGGGCCCGUCCGGCUCGCGCCGUCGGGCCGAGCCCGCCGUUGGGCCUCGCGGACGGGCCCGCGUCGUUUGUGCCGGCGCCGGCGCUGGCCGCUGCCCCAGAGCCGAGGGUUCCUGCGACGCUGCCGGGUGCGGCGGCGCUUCGGGGCCGGGCCUCGCACCGCGGGGCCGGGGUGCUGACGUUCGGCUGA